GUGGCCUUCCUCUCACGCCUCAAUCCAACACCGGCCUUCCCAGAAUACCCUGGGCCUCAUACCGUCGGCACUGUCGAUGUCGAGAUUCCAGCCGCUGAACUGCCUUCCACCGCCGCAACCCCCGCCGACGCCGCUCCUACCGUAUCUUUUCGCAUAUUCUACCCAUGCCAUGACCAGAAAGAGACCGCGAGGCCUGUGAGAUGGAUCCCCUCGCCACAGCGACCCAAUCUUUCUGCCUUCGCUCGUCUUCUGGGUGCAAACUCACGUGCCUCGGACUUCUUCUCCUAUUUCCCCUCGAUUCUCUACUACAUCACUAUACCAGCCCAGCGCAAUGCUCCGCUUCUCGCUCCACCCACCACCAACAAGAGAUGGCCCGUCAUGAUCUUCUCCCACGGUCUUGCAGGUAACCGCAAUUUGUAUUCGCAUGUUUGCGGAUCAAUGGCUUCUUACGGUCUUGUUGUCAUCGCCAUGGACCACAGAGACGGCAGUUCGCCCGUUCAAUACAUUCGUGCAACCUCGGACACUCCUAGCAAAAUUGUCGACGAAAUCAAAAUCUCGCACACUCCCUCUCCUGAAGUCUACGCUGCAAGAGACAAGCAGUUGCGCAUUCGAUGCCAUGAAAUCUCUUUGAUUCACGCAGCACUGCUCAAAAUCGAUCAGGGCGAAAAAGUCAACAACUUGGAUGACAACAUUGCACAAACCAAAAAGGAGCGGGUUGACGUCUUGUCGAGAUUUGCAGGACAACUCGAUGUGCAUACGCCUGGCAAGAUUGCGUUUGCCGGCCAUAGUUUUGGCGCCUGUACGACUGUCCAGUUCCUCAAGUCUGUCUUCUACGCCAAAGAACGUCCUUCAAAUGCGCACUCUCCUCUUAUCGUUCCGACAGACUCUGCCUUGACUCGCCAGGUUACUCCCGCUUCUCCCGUACUAUUACUUGAUCUCUGGACCCUACCGCUUCGCAGUCCAAACCAGACCUGGCUCCGAGAACGCUCUCUGCCGUCAUAUACCGAUCCUUCGAUCGGUGGCAAGAAUAUCCUUAGUGUCAUGUCACAAGCUUUCUUCAAGUGGACUGGCAACUUCAACGAUGUCCGCCGAGCUAUCGCACCACCCAAGAACUUCUCUGGACCUAACCCGCACCUCUUCUAUCCAGCCACGAGCCAGCACUUCUCCCAAUCCGAUUUUGGCGUUCUGUUCCCUUUCCUUACCAGCAAGUUGCUGAAGACCGAGAACCCAGAAAGAUUAUUGUUAUUGAACACGCGUGCUAUGCUGCAAGUUCUCAGGGACAUGAACAUUGAGGUUGCUGAUGUCGGUGAGAAGAACCUUGAAGGCGAAAAGGAGGAGACAAUCUUAAAACCCAGUAGUACUGGGGAAGAGACC